UGCGUCUGUAGGGCAGGGAAGAUGGCGGACAAGCGCAAGCUCCAAGGUGAGAUUGAUCGCUGCCUCAAGAAGGUGUCCGAGGGCGUGGAGCAGUUUGAAGAUAUUUGGCAGAAGCUCCACAAUGCAGCCAACGCGAACCAGAAAGAAAAGUAUGAGGCUGAUCUAAAGAAGGAGAUUAAGAAGCUUCAACGGCUGAGGGACCAGAUCAAGACUUGGGUAGCAUCCAAUGAGAUCAAGGACAAGAGGCAGCUUAUAGACAACCGCAAGCUCAUUGAGACGCAAAUGGAACGGUUCAAAGUUGUGGAGCGAGAGACCAAGACCAAAGCCUAUAGCAAGGAGGGCCUGGGCCUGGCACAGAAGGUGGACCCUGCCCAGAAGGAAAAGGAGGAGGUCGGCCAGUGGCUCACGAAUACCAUCGACACCCUAAACAUGCAGGUGGACCAGUUUGAGAGUGAAGUGGAGUCACUGUCGGUGCAAACACGCAAGAAGAAGGGCGACAAGGAUAAGCAGGACCGGAUCGAGGGCCUGAAGCGGCAUAUCGAGAAGCACCGCUACCACGUGCGCAUGCUGGAGACCAUCCUGCGCAUGCUGGACAACGACUCCAUCCUCGUGGACGCUAUCCGCAAGAUCAAGGACGAUGUCGAGUACUACGUGGACUCGUCCCAGGACCCCGACUUCGAGGAGAACGAGUUCCUCUACGACGACCUGGACCUCGAGGACAUUCCACAGGCGCUGGUCGCCACCUCCCCGCCCAGCCACAGUCACAUGGAGGAUGAGAUCUUCAACCAGUCAAGCAGCACGCCCACUUCGACCACCUCCAGCUCGCCCAUCCCGCCCAGCCCGGCCAACUGCACCACGGAAAACUCUGAAGAUGACAAGAAGAGGGGACGCUCGACGGAUAGUGAAAUCAGCCAGUCUCCAGCCAAAAACGGCUCCAAGCCUGUCCACAGCAGCCAGCACCCUCAGUCCCCAGCUGUGCCGCCAAGCUACCCCUCCGGCCCCCCGCCCGCCGCCUCUGCCCUGAGCACCGCCCCUGGCAACAACGGGGCCCCUGCCCCGGCAGCGCCCCCAAGCGCCCUGGGCGCCAAGGCCAGCCCAGCUCCCAGCCACAGCUCGGGCACGCCUGCCCCCUACGCCCAGGCUGUGGCCCCGCCAGCUCCCAGUGGGCCCAGCCCCGCGCAGCCCCGGCCCCCCAGCGUGCAGCCCGGCGGAGGCGGAGGCGGAGGCAAGCAGAACGGCGCCACCAGUUACAGCUCAGUAGUGGCAGACAGCCCGGCAGAGGUGGCUCUCAGCAGCGGCGGGGGCAGCAGUGCCAACAGCCAGGCCCUGGGCCCCCCGUCUGGCCCCCACAACCCACCUCCCAGCACCUCGAAGGAACCCAAUGCGACAGCCCCAACGGGGGCUGGGGGCGUGGCCCCAGGCUCAGGGAACAACUCGGGGGGACCCAGUCUCCUGGUGCCACUACCUGUGAACCCUCCCAGCUCCCCGACACCCAGCUUCAGCGAGGCCAAGGCAGCCGGCGCCCUGCUCAAUGGACCUCCACAGUUCAGCGCUGCCCCGGAGAUCAAGGCCCCUGAGCCUCUGAGCUCUUUGAAGUCCAUGGCGGAGCGGGCAGCCAUCAGCUCCGGCAUCGAGGACCCCGUUCCCACGCUGCACCUGACUGAGCGAGACAUCAUCCUGAGCAGCACGUCAGCUCCCCCGGCCUCAGCCCAGCCGGCCCUGCAGCUGUCAGAGGUGAACAUACCGCUGUCGCUGGGUGUGUGUCCCCUGGGGCCUGUGCCCCUCACCAAGGAGCAGCUCUACCAGCAGGCCAUGGAAGAGGCCGCCUGGCACCACAUGCCCCACCCCUCAGACUCUGAGCGUAUCCGGCAGUACCUCCCCCGGAACCCCUGCCCGACACCCCCCUACCACCAUCAGAUGCCGCCCCCGCACUCGGACACCGUGGAGUUCUACCAGCGGCUUUGCGAGGCCCCCUGAUCCCCCGUUCCAUGCUUCCUUCCUCAGGGCACUAAGGCACAGUACCUGGCAGCCAAGGCCCUAAAGAAGCAGUCGUGGCGAUUCCACACCAAGUACAUGAUGUGGUUCCAGAGGCACGAGGAGCCCAAGACCAUCACUGACGAGUUCGAGCAGGGCACCUACAUCUACUUUGACUACGAGAAGUGGGGCCAGCGGAAGAAGGAAGGCUUCACCUUUGAGUACCGCUACCUGGAGGACCGGGACCUCCAGUGA